GCAAAGAGAGGCCGGGAUUUGAGCUUGUGAGAAUUUUACUAUUUCCAUCAGACCAUAUUCCACAAAAGCGUUUACGCGGUCCGAAAGGCAGUGCGCGAAGAGCUUUUCAAGAUGGCGUCACAGCUGCUACCCCUCGAACUUAUCGACAAGUGUGUCGGAUCAAGAAUAUGGGUUGUCAUGAAGGGAGACAAAGAAUUUAGUGGCACGCUCAUGGGUUUUGACGACUACGUCAACAUGGUGCUGGAAGAUGUGACAGAAUUCGACUACUCUGGAAACCACACAAAACUUCCUAAAAUUCUGUUGAACGGUAACAACAUCUGCAUGUUGAUCCCUGGCGGAGAAGGACCAGUUGGUGCCGCAGCUUGAGGAAUUAGAGCAUAAGGCGUAUUUAUCUCCAAAUCAG